UGGGGAUGCUAACAGUUAUCUCUCUCCAGGUAUUUUAUAGCUCCAUGCAAAGAACACCAGCCUUAAACAAUAAUAAAAGGUCUCAAAGAAGGCGGAGCUUCACUCCAGAUUGGCUGAGCUUCUGCUGCAGCUUUCUGGCCUCUAGCAAACUGAUGGCAUUGUGGGAAAAGAGAAUGAUAAAAUGAAAAUACAAGUGAAAAAAUGAGCGACUAGAUUCAGAGUUCAGAUUCCACAAACAAACUUGGGAAAGAGCCAAGUUUCAUCUUAGAACCCUAGAGGGUCACAGUGACAUCAUCAUCUGUGCUGUUGCCAUCGAAAAAUCUUGUGAUUUCUUGCAGGUCCUGUGAGAUGGUAGUGCCCAGGAACCUGAAUGACUCCACUGCUGCCACAGUGCUGUUUAGAAUGGUGAGGGGGGUCAGUGUUGGGGUGUUCGUCCUAAAGUCCACUAUCAUCUCCACUGUUUUAUGCGUGUUCAGCUCAAGGUUGUUUUAACUGCACCAGUGAGCCAGCCGUUCAACCUCCCUUCUGUAUGCAGACUUAUCGUCAUCCUGGAUGAGGCCGAUGACAACAGUGUCAUCUGGAAACUUCAGGAGCUUGACAGAGGGGUCCUUGGCAGUGCAGUCGUUUGUAUACAGGGAGUAAAGUACAGGGUAGAGCACACAUCCCUGGGGGGCACCAGUGCUGAUUGUGCAUGUGCUGGAAGUUAAUUUCCCCAAUCUCACUAACUGCUGCCUAUCUGUCAGAAAGCUGUUGAUCCACUGACAUAUAGAGGUGAGAACAGAGAGCUGGGUUAAUUUAUUCCAUAGGAGAGCAGGUAUGAUGGUUUUGAAAGCCAAACUUAAGUCCACAAAUAGGAUCCUUGCACAAGUCCCUGGUCUGUCUAGAUGUUGCUGUAUGUUAUGAAGUCGCAUAUUGACUGCAUCAUCCAAUGACCUGUUUGAUAUGCAAAUUGCAGGGGAUCCAGAAAGGGUCCAGUGAUGUCCUUCAGGUGGGCCAACACCCGGGUGUGCGGAAUCACGACCGAGCCCCACCCUCAUCCCUGCCACACCGACCAUGAUGAGAUCACAUAACAAGCCAUGUCAUGCAAUAAAGUGCAACAGUCUGGUUCGGGAAGUAAAAAUAAUAAAAAAAAUUCAAAGGGGAAUUAUAACGAUAGCUUUUAAACCUUUAAAUGCCAACCUAAUGUGAGUUUUGAGGUUGUUAAUUGAUGGUGUAUGCUUCCGCUGAAGCCAUCAGUCCAUGUUAUUUCAAAAACUGAACCAAUCAGAGACUCGAACAUGCCAAUUAAGCUCUAUAGCGACCGCUUACUCCCAUAAUGCACUGUGAAUUACUUAAUGUGAGUUACUUAAAAUUUCCUUCACCUUCAAACUACUUAUAUAUUUGAAAAUUGAUUCUACACUUGUACUCAAUAACUUUUAAUCAAAAUUUUAUAAUUUUCCAUAUUUUUUUAUUUUAUUUGAUUACAUAAGUCACAGUGCUUUUUUUAUGGGAUUGUAGUUUGUUCCGUUGUGAACGAGGUUAAGCACACAGGUUUGUACCUUCAUCUUUUUGUCUGUUUUCAAAUACUUUUUUGCUUUAAAUCAAAGUUUGUAAUGUUGUGAUUCACCUCCCUGGUAGCUGGUUGGUUUGGUUCACGGCUCUUUUAUGUAGGAUUUAUGGAAAAAAAUGAAUGGAAAAAAUACUUCCGGAAACAGUAUGACUGAAAAAAUGGGCUGGUUCUAUUGAGUUACUAUUACUAAUGAAACAAUUUGUAAUUAGCCAGGGCUAAAGGCACUUUACAAGGCAGAAACAUAAAACAUAAAACUGCAUCUAAACAAAACAAGCAAACAUAACAACAACCUCACUAUAUGUACUAUAUGCACAACAUAACAACAGUGUAGUCCAGAGUGAUAGUAUAAAUCAGCAUAGGUGUGAACCACCAGUCCAAUAGAAUGAGUUGGAAUCUCAAACAGCCACGGCCACCACACCAAAAAAAUGCCUCCAUCCAAGACACAGCCACGACAAGGACAGAUCUCGCUGCAGUCCGGUCGUGGUGCAAUGCAGUAGCCAGCCAGCCACGCACCAGCACCAGAAAAACAUAGAUGAAAAGGGAGCAAGUCAAAAGAUAAAUAUACACCUUCAUGGGGAACUUCAGAAUAAAGUCCAAGAACACAGAUGAAGAGCCAGUGAAACAGUGUGCUGAAUGGCCAUUAUCUGAAUCUCAAAUAGCAGUCAUUAUCUAACUGGUGGAGAGGUUCCUAGUUCUUUUAGACACUGCAGUGCAUUUUUUACCCUCUGCUGAUGAGGGGGAAUUACAAUCAAGUGUGUCACAUGUUUUUUUUGUGUGUGUGUGUGUCCUGCAGGUCAGAGUGUUAAGUUAAUUUACAACUUCAAUGCAGUUGCAAGCCUCUGCUUCAUUCCUGAAUGAGAAGGCUUUAUCGUCACUGGCUCAGAUGCUGGGAAGCUGCAGGUUUGGAGCUGGAGCUCACAGGAGAACUGUCAGUCAGUGAACGCACACCUGGACGCAGUCACCACACUACAGAGGCGAUGUCACAGUAAGACGAGACAGCAGAUUGGAAGAUUCUCUUUCAGAAUCUGACAGAGACUCGGAGGAUGACAAAAGUGAUGUGAACGACGCUGAAGACGUCAUCCCCCAGGAUGCAUUUGAGCCGGGGGUUGGUGGUAAGGGGAAGGUCGAAGGAGGGUUAAAAAGAAAUAACUGGAAAGGAAGAAAAGGAGGAGGGAAGGUCAUGAUGAUGGAGUGUGAGAAAUAAAAAGGAGACUGGAGACAGAUUUAGUGACUGGCAGAAGGGCAGAGACAGCAGGAGAAAAAGAAACAACAGACUGUUUUCUAUGUAAACACUGAUCCAGUAAAACCUACCACAUUGAGAAUAUUUAUCAUUGUUGCCAUUUUCAUUUAUGUAUAUCUAUAGCGUUCAUCACUGUGGGCUCCCUAUCCAAUCCUACAUUAAUUUAUAUUGAUUUCUCUGCCAAAGCCUCUUUCAUUUGUCCUAUCACUGCUACCCUAAAAUAAAUGAAUACUUUCUCUUUACUAAAACUGGUCUUCAGAGUAUUAUUAAGCCGUUUCUUUCAUUCUGUCCAGCUAUUUUCAUCUUCAAAAUUCAUUUAUUUUCUUCUCGCUGUCUGUUUGCAGUUAAGAAGCAUAAUUAGUAUUUAAAUCUUUCUUCUAAUCCCCUCUCACCUCUCUCUCUCUCUCUCUCUCUCUCUCUCUCUCCCUCUCUCUCCCACACUCUAUUUCUCACUCACACAAUUUCUACAUCUCUCUGUCGCUACGGCAACCAAUGCUUUUCCCCAAUUCUAGGCUCUCUCCCUCUCUCCCACUCCCUUCUUAAGCGGUAAGAGAGAUGAUUGGAGCGGUGAGGACUCAGUGAAAAGACAGAAGCGAUGGAGCGAUGCUCCAUCUCUCCCCGCACUGGAUUCAUUCCCCUUUGGAGCUUCCUGAUGGUCACUGUCAUUUUUUGCAACGCCACUAGUGACACAGAUGAGAAGAAGUGGGAGGAGCUGGGUGAAAUGCAGAUGCCAGUCACGGUGCAGGCUACGACCACUCAGCUCUGGGCAGUGGACUGGGGUCCCACACAACCACUGGAGGAUGAAACCCAUCACAUCCUGUCCAGCUUGGAGACAGAUAGUUUGAGGAAGACCACCACGUCCGAGGACUGGUCGCAUCAUCGGAGCGUGUCUGCCAAUCAAACACAACACCCAAUAACAGGGGAUGAGAAAAAGAUGGAAACAGAGAAACAAGACAAGGAAGUGGACCCACAGUUUUAUGUGACAGUGACAAUUUCGUCUCUGCUGAUUCUCUCUGUGGUCAUCAUCUCUGCGAAACUCUGCUACGACCGCAGUCUCUCCCAGCGUCCCCCCCCUCUCUCACUCACCAUCCCGUGUUCUAUAGCUCAGGAGGACAGCAGGCAGACACUGCACAGCACUUCAUCCUUCCCAGACAGAGAGAGGUAG